GCCGGUAGGGCGGGGAUGGCGUCGUCCAUGAGGCGGAGGCCGAGCCGGGGCGGCGGGGGCCCGGGGGCGGCGGCGGAGAACUGGGAGCGGCUGGUGCGGGCGGCGCUGAAGCGGGACCGGGCGGGCGGCGCGGCGGGGAGCUCCGCCGCCGCCGCCGCCGCGCACGCCGGGGCGGGCGCGGGCCUCGCAUCCGCCGUGCCGCCCUCGCUCGGCCGCACCACCAACAUCGAGCAGAUCCUGCAGGCCGCCGACGACAUCGAGGACGACGACCCCAACGUCGCGCGGAUCCUUUGUGAACAAGCAUACAGCAUGGCUCAAAAUCUGGACCCAAGCAGCGACGGGAGGGGUGUUCUACAGUUCAAAACCGGUUUAGCAUCUGUGAUCAAGCAAAAGCUUGCCAAGAAGGACGGGGGUUCAAUUGACCGUCAGAAUGACAUAGAGGUGCUGUGGAAUUUCUAUUUGGAGUACAAGAAGCGCCGUCGAGUUGAUGACAUGCAGAGAGAGCAGGAGAUAAUGAGGGAAUCAGGAACUUUUAGCACCGAGAUGGGAGCUAGGGCUAUGGAAAUGAAAAAGAUCUAUGCUACUUUGAGGGCUCUGCUUGAUGUAUUAGAAAUUCUUGUUGGGCAAGCACCCAGUGAUAGGCUUGGUAGACAGAUUCUAGAGGAGAUAAAGAAAAUAAAAAGAUCCGAUGCAGCUCUGAGAGGUGAACUUAUGCCUUACAAUAUUAUACCCCUUGAUGCAUCAUCAGUGGGAAACGUUGUUGGUUUUUUCCCUGAGGUAAGGGCUGCAAUAGCCGCAAUUCAAAACUGUGAGGAUCUGCCACGCUUUCCUUAUGACACACCACAGCUGAGACAGAAAGAUAUUUUUGACCUUCUGCAGUACGUAUUUGGCUUCCAGGAUGACAAUGUUCGGAACCAGCGUGAAAAUGUUGCACUUACAUUAGCCAAUGCCCAGUCCCGUCUGAGCUUGCCUAACGAGACAGAACCGAAAAUCGAUGAGAAGGCUGUUACAGAAGUUUUCUGCAAAGUUCUGGACAACUACAUAAAAUGGUGUAGGUUCUUGGGCAAGCGUGUUGCAUGGACCAGCCUCGAAGCAGUAAACAAGAACAGAAAAAUCAUAUUGGUUGCUCUCUACUUUCUAAUUUGGGGUGAAGCUGCAAAUGUUCGCUUUCUUCCAGAAUGCCUAUGCUACAUUUUCCACAAUAUGGCAAAGGAACUUGAUGGGAUUCUUGAUUCAUCUGAAGCUGAACCUGCAAAGAGCUGUGUCACCAAUGAUGGCUCGACCUCAUAUCUGGAGAAAAUAAUUUCUCCUAUAUAUCUAACGAUGUCUGCGGAGGCUAACAGUAACAAUGAUGGGAAAGCAGCACAUUCUGCAUGGCGGAAUUAUGAUGAUUUCAAUGAAUAUUUCUGGUCGCGCUCAUGCUUUGAGCUGAGUUGGCCACCUGCCGAGAAUUCCAAGUUUUUGCGCAAACCUGCUAAGAGGAAGCGUACGGGAAAGACCAACUUUGUUGAGCAUCGAACUUUUCUGCACCUGUACCGCAGUUUUCAUCGGUUGUGGAUUUUCCUCAUAUUAAUGUUUCAGUGCUUAACUAUUAUAGCCUUUCACCAUGGGAAGAUAAACAUUAGUACUAUUAAAGUAGUACUUAGCGCUGGGCCAGCCUUUUUCAUACUGAACUUCAUUGAGUGCUGCCUAGAUGUGCUACUCAUGUUUGGUGCAUAUAAAACAGCCAGAGGUUUUGCCAUCUCACGAUUAGUAAUCCGAUUCCUUUGGUUAGCUGCAGUUUCAACAUUUGUGACCUAUCUUUAUGUGAAAGUCUUGGGUGAGAAAAAUGCAAGAAACAAUGAUUCAACUUAUUUCCGGAUUUAUGUUCUUGUUCUGGGUGGUUAUGCUGCGGUUAGGCUUGUGUUUGCAUCGUUGGCCAAGAUCCCAGCUUGUCACAGGCUGUCCAAUUACUCUGACCGUUCACAGUUUUUCCAGUUUUUCAAGUGGAUAUACCAAGAACGAUACUAUAUUGGCCGGGGACUCUAUGAGAGUAUAGGCAACUAUGCCAGAUACGUGAUCUUUUGGUUGGUCAUAUUUGCAUGCAAAUUUACUUUUGCUUAUUAUCUCCAGAUUCGCCCUUUAGUUGUACCAACCAAUAUAAUCGUGCAACUCCAUGAUUUGCAGUAUUCUUGGCAUGAUUUUGUAUCAAAGGGAAAUAGAAAUGCUUUGACCAUUCUCAGUCUAUGGGCACCAGUCGUAGCUAUAUACCUGAUGGACAUACACAUUUGGUACACUCUUUUAUCUGCUCUUGUUGGUGGCGUUAUGGGUGCUAGAGAUCGCCUUGGGGAGAUUCGUUCAAUUGAAAUGCUUCAUAAACGUUUUGAGAGCUUUCCGGAAGCUUUUGCAAAAACCCUUUCCCCGCAAAGGAUAUCUAGCAGGCCAGUUCCUCAGGAUUCAGAAGCUACUAAGAUGUAUGCCUCGAUAUUCUCCCCGUUUUGGAAUGAGAUCAUCAAGAGCUUGCGUGAAGAGGACUACAUUAGUAACAGGGAGAUGGAUCUGCUUAUGAUGCCAAGUAACUGUGGAAAUUUAAGGCUCGUACAAUGGCCAUUGUUUCUUCUUACUAGUAAGAUCAUGUUGGCGAAUGACUAUGCAUCUGAUUGCAAAGACUCCCAGAAUGAAUUAUGGCACAGAAUAUCAAAAGAUGAAUACAUGGCCUAUGCGGUCAAGGAAUGCUACUAUAGUGCAGAAAGAAUUCUCAAGUCUAUAGUUGAUGGUGAAGGGAAGCUCUGGGUUGAGCGCCUUUUCCAAAAUCUCAAUGACAGCAUAGAACAAAAUUCACUUUUGGUGACUAUAAAUCUGAAGAAGUUGCAGUUGGUCCAGUCACGUCUUACUGGUUUGACAGGACUUCUGAUUCGCGACGAGACUGCUGAUCGUAAAGCUGGUGUUACAAAAGCUCUCCGUGAGCUCUAUGAGGUUGUUACCCAUGAGUUUCUUGCACCAAAUCUGAGGGAACAAUUUGACACCUGGCAAUUACUGUUAAGAGCUAGGAAUGAUGGGCGUCUAUUCUCUAACAUUUUGUGGCCAAAUGAUCUGGAAAUGAAAGAACAAGUUAAGCGUUUACACUUACUUCUGACUGUCAAAGACUCCGCUGCAAACAUUCCAAAAAAUUUAGAAGCUCAGAGAAGACUACAAUUUUUCACUAACUCUCUGUUCAUGGACAUGCCGGAAGCAAAGCCCGUCUCUGAGAUGAUCCCAUUCUGUGUAUUUACCCCAUACUAUAGUGAGACUGUACUUUAUAGCAUGUCUGAGCUGUGUGUUGACAAUGAAGAUGGCAUUUCUAUACUUUUCUAUCUUCAAAAAAUCUUUCCUGAUGAGUGGGCCAACUUCUUAGAACGAAUUGGCCGUGGAGAAUCAUCAGAAGAGGAUUUUAAGGAAAGUCCAAGUGACACCUUAGAACUACGGUUUUGGGUGUCAUACCGUGGCCAGACUUUGGCAAGGACAGUGAGGGGUAUGAUGUACUACAGACGAGCGUUGAUGUUGCAGAGUUACCUGGAGAAGCGAUAUCUUGGAGGCAUUGAAGAUGGGUAUUCUGCACUUGAAUAUAUUGACACUCAAGGGUAUCAGUUAUCUCCUGAUGCACGGGCCCAGGCAGAUCUAAAAUUUACAUACGUUGUUUCAUGUCAAAUAUAUGGACAGCAGAAGCAAAGGAAGGCUCCAGAGGCUGCGGAUAUUGCUCUUCUAAUGCAAAGAAAUGAGGCCCUUCGGGUUGCUUUCAUACAUGAAGAGGAUGGUGUAUCGAGUGAUGGGCUAGCUAUAAAAGAAUAUCAUUCCAAGCUCGUGAAGGCUGAUAUUCACGGAAAAGAUCAAGAAAUAUACUCCAUUAAACUGCCUGGGAACCCCAAGCUAGGUGAGGGGAAACCUGAAAACCAAAAUCAUGCUAUAAUUUUUACUCGUGGAGAUGCAAUACAGACGAUCGAUAUGAAUCAGGAUAACUACUUGGAGGAGGCAAUGAAAGUGAGGAAUUUACUUGAAGAAUUUCGUGGUAACCAUGGAAUACGUUAUCCCACAAUUCUUGGUGUGCGGGAGCAUGUGUUUACGGGAAGUGUGUCUUCGCUGGCAUCAUUUAUGUCUAAACAGGAAACCAGUUUCGUUACUUUGGGGCAACGUGUUCUUGCUUACCUCAAGGUUCGAAUGCACUACGGGCAUCCUGAUGUCUUUGAUCGGAUAUUUCAUAUAACCAGAGGUGGUAUUAGCAAGGCAUCCCGGGUGAUCAAUAUAAGUGAAGAUAUAUACGCUGGAUUCAAUUCAACUCUGCGCCAGGGUAAUAUCACACACCAUGAAUAUAUCCAGGUUGGGAAAGGACGUGAUGUUGGUUUAAACCAGAUUGCCCUGUUCGAGGGAAAAGUUGCUGGAGGUAAUGGCGAGCAAGUUCUUAGUCGAGACGUGUACCGUUUGGGGCAGCUGUUUGACUUCUUUAGGAUGCUAACCUUCUUUUACACCACUGUUGGUUAUUAUGUCUGCACAAUGAUGACUGUUCUAACUGUGUAUAUCUUCUUGUAUGGGAGGGUGUAUCUGGCACUCUCUGGACUCGACCAUUCGAUAUCUCGUCAAGCUAGGUUUCUGGGGAACACUGCCCUUGAUGCUGCUCUGAACGCUCAAUUUUUGGUUCAGAUCGGAAUUUUUACAGCCGUACCAAUGAUAAUGGGUUUUAUUUUGGAAUUAGGGCUAAUGAAGGCUAUUUUCAGUUUUAUCACAAUGCAACUGCAGUUCUGCUCAGUAUUUUUCACCUUUUCACUUGGAACUAGAACACAUUAUUUUGGGAGAACAAUCCUUCAUGGUGGUGCAAAGUAUCGUGCUACUGGACGAGGUUUUGUUGUUCGCCACAUAAAAUUUGCUGACAAUUAUAGGCUCUAUUCUCGAAGCCACUUUGUGAAAGCGCUUGAGGUUGCUCUCCUGCUUAUUGUCUACAUUGCUUAUGGCUACACGAAGGGCGGGUCAUCGUCCUUUAUUCUGUUGACUAUCAGUAGUUGGUUCAUGGUUAUAUCCUGGCUUUUUGCGCCAUACAUUUUCAACCCUUCUGGUUUCGAGUGGCAAAAAACUGUUGAGGACUUUGAUGACUGGACAAAUUGGUUAUUUUAUAAAGGUGGAGUUGGUGUAAAGGGCGAAAAUAGUUGGGAAUCUUGGUGGGAUGAGGAGCAGGCUCAUAUCCAGACUUUUAGGGGACGAAUCCUUGAGACUAUCCUGAGCCUCAGAUUUCUCUUGUUCCAGUAUGGCAUUGUGUACAAGCUUAAAAUUACUGCACAUAAUACAUCUCUGGCAAUUUAUGGCUUCUCGUGGAUUGUACUUCUUGUUAUGGUUCUGCUGUUCAAGCUUUUCACCGCAACUCCAAGGAAGUCUACUGCCUUGCCGACAUUUGUUCGGUUUCUACAGGGCCUCCUUGCAAUUGGCAUCAUUGCAGCAAUUGUAUGCCUUAUUGGAUUUACAGACUUCACAAUUGCUGAUUUGUUUGCAAGUGCACUAGCAUUCUUAGCAACUGGAUGGUGCAUCUUAUGUCUGGCCAUCACAUGGAAACGCGUGGUGAAGACACUCGGGCUGUGGGACUCUGUCCGCGAGAUCUCUCGGAUGUACGACGCUGGGAUGGGUGCCGUCAUCUUUGCACCCAUCGUGUUCUUCUCAUGGUUCCCCUUUGUGUCCACCUUCCAGUCUCGCAUCCUGUUCAACCAGGCCUUCAGCCGUGGUCUGGAGAUCUCCCUCAUUCUGGCGGGGAACAAGGCGAACCAAGAGUCAUGAGAAGCUCCGUUCGCAGUGUGUUUUUGUUGUACAUUUCAGGACUUGAUUAGGGACAUACUAGGUUCAAACAACAUAUGUACAUAACUCCCCUGAGUACUUGGACGCUAAUCGCUUGUGGACAAUGAGCUAAUGCAGGCUUAGAUGUGUGAAUAUUCAUUUGACUGUUGCUUGUAGUGUUGAGUUGCUGGAUGUAAUUUGGAUCCUCUGGUGAUUUGUGUCGCCUGAUAGCAGUAAUCACAGUUUGAGUAAACUA